GAGAGACUGAAAGGGGAGAAUCUGCUGCCGCCUGUGUCCCCCUGGCCUGUCGCCACCCCUGCCACACCGGCACACACUGACAUGCUCACAGGCCCACGCACACUCGCUGACAUGCAGACCCUUUCACGCCGAUGGACCUUCGCCCACUCACAAGGCUGACACGCUCGUGCACCGUGAUGCACACAGGCUCAUGCACGCACAGGAGCUGAGAUUUAAGAGCAAGGAUGAGGAGGGAAUCGGCAGCAGGGAGGUGAUGAGAGAAUGGAUCCGGAUGGGACCGCCUCUGGAAUCUCUGAAGCUGAUGAACAACAGAGUCCUGGGCAGGGAGAAGCCUGCGAGGAUCACAGCGGGUUGGAAGAGCAGGCAGAUGGCAAUCCUAACACUGUCAGGGGAAGUUUAAAUGUCCAGGAUGGCACCUUGCCUGGGGAGGAUCCAGUCACAUGGGCUGUGCCAGGGAGAAGCCCCAGUGGGAGCUCAGAACGUAGGACCCAGGAAAGAACCCAGUUGCAGAAGAAGCCCCACUGCUGCCCUGACUGUGGGAAGGCAUUCAGCUGGAGCUCCCACCUCAUUCAGCACCAGCGGGUCCACACAGGGCAGAGACCCUACAAAUGCCCCGACUGCGGGAAGGGCUUCACCCAGAGCUCAGACCUCAUUACCCACCAGAGAACUCACACAGGCGAAAAACCCCACCUCUGCCACCAGUGUGGAAAGGGCUUCAGUGUCAGCUCGGGGCUGGCCCGGCAUCAGCGAGUCCACACUGGAGAGCGCCCCUACAAGUGCCCUGAGUGUGGGAAGAGCUUUGGUCGCAGCUCCAACCUGCUGACCCACCAGCGCACACACACAGGGGAGCGCCCCUACCAGUGUGGGGAAUGCGGGCAGUGCUUCAGCCUCAGCUCCACCCUUGCCAAGCACCUGCGGCUGCACACGGGGGAACGCCCCUACUCCUGUGCCGACUGCGGGCAGUGCUUCAGCCUGGGCUCCACCCUGGCGCUGCACCGGCGCAGCCUGCACACGGGUGAGCGCCCCUACCUGUGCACUGACUGCGGCAAGCGCUUCAGCCGUAGCUCCAGCCUGACCACGCAUCGCCGCAGCCUGCACACAAAUGACCGGCCCUACAGCUGUGCUGAGUGCAGCAAAGGAUUUGGUCGCAGCUCAGACUUGCUGGCCCACCAGCGCAGCCACUCUGAGGAGCGGCCCCACCGCUGUGCCCAGUGUGGCAAGGGUUUCGCCCGCCGCUCCAAUCUCCUGGCGCAUCAGCGCAGCCACGCCGGGGAGCGGCCCUACCCAUGUGAGGAGUGUGGGAGGUGCUUCAGCCGGCGCUCCGACCUCGUCAGCCACUGCAGGACCCACACCAGGGAGCGGCCCUAUCUGUGUGCCCAGUGCCCCAAGAGCUUUGGGCAGAGCGCUGACCUGCUGACCCACCAGCGCACCCAUACUGGGGAGCGACCCUACCGCUGCCACCAAUGUGGCCAGAGCUUCAGCCUCAGCUCCAACCUCCUGGCCCACCACAGGGUUCACACCGGGGAGCGGCCCUACCACUGUGCCCAGUGUGGGAGAGGAUUCACUCGCAGCGGCAACCUCCUGGCACAUCAGCGGCGGCAGCACGCAGUGGGAGAGACCACCUGAUGGCACAGAACACGUGCAGGGAGAGAGAGCCCACCUGAGGGCACAGUUCAUGCUUGGGGAGAGAGAGUCCACCUGCCAGCACAGAACAUGCACUGGGGAGGAAAAGAGAGAGUGACCGCCUAAUGGCAUAGAACAUGGCAUGGAAGAAAAUUAUCUUGAAUGCUUAUGACUCAAUGUCCUAAGUCAAAGAACAAGAAGGGGUAUUAGUUGGUGUCUGCUACAGACCACGAAAUCACACUAGGGGACAGGGAGACCGGCUCCUUAUACAGCUAUCUAUAAUGUGUAGAUAAAAAAGCUGCGUGAUCCUGGCGGAUUUCAAUUUGAGUGACAUAAACUGAAGGUCUCAUGCUGCCAAUACUAAAACAUUCUUGAAAUUUCUAAAUGUUAUAGAUAAUGUCCUAAUUCAAAAAGUGUUGCAUCCAACAUGGGGGAAUUUAUAUUAGACCUCAUCUUGACAGAUAAAGAGGAAAUAAUCACAGAACUAAAAAUUAAUGGUAACUUAGGUACAACUGAUCAGGACUUGAUCAGAUUUAUACUGUGCAAACAGAAUAAAGUCCAGACCAGUGAUAUAUAUAUACUUGGUGCUUUAAAAGAGCCAAUUUCAAAAAGCUGAAAACAAUUAUGAACCAAAUCAAUUGGGAGGAAGAACUGAAUCAGAAAAAUAUGAUUGAUAAUUGGGUAUUGUUUAAGAACACUUUAUUAGAUGUCUAAAAAGCCAAAGUCCCACAAGUGAAGUGAAGACAACUGUAGAAAAUAGAAAAAAAAAGUAUAUAACAAAUGGAAGAAAGGGGAAGUUGAUGAAUAUAAAUCAGAAGCUAGGAAUUAUAGAAAAUUUAUUAGAGAAGCAAAGGGAGGCAAGGAAAAACCUAUGGCCAGCAGAGUUAAGGACCAUAAGAAGGAGUUUUUAAAAGUAUAUUAGGAACAAAAAGAAUCCUGACAAUGGUCUUGGUCCAUAACUAGAUGGAAAUGGUAGAAUUGUCAAUAGAAAUGCAGAAAUGUUCAACAAAUAUUUCUGUUCUGUAUUUGGGAAAAAAUAAAUGAUGUCAUCCUAUCAUAUGAUAACAUUCCAUUCCACUAGUGUCUCAGGAAGAUGUUAAACUGUAGCUACUAAGGUCAGACAUUUUAAAAUAUAUAACUUGCAUCCAGAAGUUUUAAAAGAGCUGGCUGAGGAGCUUGCUGGACCAUUAAUGGUGAUUUUCAAUAAGUCUUGGAACACUGGGAAAGUUCCAGAAGACUGGAACAAAGCUAAUGUGCCAAUAUUUAAAAAGGAUAAAUGAGAUGACUGGAUAAUAUGGGACUGUCAGUCUGACACUGAUCCUAGGCAAGAUAAUAGAGCACUUGAUACAGGAAUCGAUUAAUAAAGAAUUAAAAGAAGGUACUAUAAUAAGUGCCAAUCAACAUGGGUUUAUGGAAAAUAAAUCCUGUCAAACUAACUUGAUAUCAUUUUUUGACGAGAUUACAAGUUUGAUUGACAAAGGUAAUAGUGUUGACGUAAUCUACUUAGACAUCUGUAAGGCAUUUGACUUGGUACCACACGACAAUUUGAUUAAAAAACUAGAAAGAUAUAAAAUUAACAUGGCACACAUUAAAUGGAUCGAAAGCUGACUCACUGAUAGGUGUUAAAAGGUAAUAGUAAGUGGAGAAUCAUCAUUGAAUGGGUGUAUUAUUAGAGGGGGUCCUGCAGGGAUCGGUUCUUGGCCCUACCCUAUUGAACAUUUUUAGUAAUGACCUGAAAGAAAACAUAAAAUCAUCACUGGUAAUGUUCGUAAAUGACACAAAAAUUGAGGGAUGGUAAAUAGUGAAGAGAAGGUCGCUGAUUCAGAGCAAGCUGUAUUGCUUGGUAAACUGGGUGCUAGCAAACAAAAUAUGUUUUAAUAAGGCUAAAUUUAAAUGCCUCCAUCUAGGAACACAGAAUGUAGGCCAGACUUACAGGAUGGGGGACUCUAUCCUGGGAAGUAGUGACUCUGAAAAAGAUUUAGGGGCCCUUGUGCAGAAUCAGCUGAACCUGAGCUCCCCUUGCAACGCUGUGGCCAAAAGCACUAAUGCAAAUCUUGGAUGUAUAAAUGGGAAUCUCAGGUAUGAGCCGAGAGGUUAUUUUACUUCUGUUUUUAUCACUAGUGGAAUUCUGUGUCCAGUUCUGGUGUCCACAAUUCAAGAAGGAUGUUUACAAAUUGAAGAGGGUUUCAGAGAAGAGCCAUGAGAACGAUUAAAGGAUUAGAAAACCUGCCUUAUGGUGAUAGACUCAAGAAGCUCAAUCUAUUUAGUUUAACAGAGAGAAGGUUACUUGAUUACAGUCUAUAAGAACCGACAUGGGGAACAAAUAUUUAGUAAUGGCCUCUUCAAUCUAGCAGAGAAAGGUAUAACGUGAUCCAAUGGCUAAAGUUGAAGCUAUAUAAUUCAGACAGGAAAUAAGGUGAACAUUUUUAACAGUGAGAAUAAUUAGCCAUUGUAAUAACUUACCAAGGAUUGUGGUGGUUUCUCCAUCACUGACAAUUUUUCAAUCAAGAUUGGAUGAUUUUAUCAAAAAUCUGCUCUAGGAAUUAUUUUGGAGAAGUUCUCAAUGGUCCUUUCUGGCCUUGGUAUCUAUGAACUUGUGCAAGGAGAGAGAGAGACCCCAUAACACAAUAGAAGAUGUAUGCGGGGAAGAGAGAGAAAGAGACCACCUGAUGACACAGAACACGUGUCAGAAUGUGUGUUCUGUGGUCUCCAUUGCAGAGGAAAGGUCAGAGCUUGGCUGGCAGCCAGACCCUGCUGCUGGGCCACUCUAUCGCCUACUCAUCUGGCAUUUGUCAGAAUUAGAUGGAGAUGUUCACCCCCUGUGACAGCAGUGGGAACAAUGACAACACUCUGAUGAGUCUGAGACACGGGCCCUGUGCCCUGCCUCAAAGACAAGAUGUUGGCAGAGAAGGGGUAGCCAUUAUGGUCCCUGGUCAUUGUAUGCUUUGCUGGAGCCCUAAGCAUCAGUCAAAAGCUGUGAACCAGAGAAGGCCUGGCUUUGGUAAAAUGGUAAAAAGCAACAUGCCCCCCCGCCCUCCCCUCGCCAACUCCCAAUCUGGUUUGUUGGGAUCUAUUGGCUCAUUGUGCAGGAAUAGAAUAAAACAGGAACCUUUCCAUUAGCUUCAAUGGCCACUGAAUCUGUAUCUGACUAUACCCAUACACAUCUAACUAUCAGAUUGCACUAAAUUAAGUUUAUGGUUUACUUUGGUUUCUUACUUUGAACUGGAGCUAAUAAAGCAGGACCGAGUUUCCCA